AUGCAUAACCUCGCUUCAAAGAUCGUUAAGGGAAUGAAGGGCCGCCGCUCCAUCUACGCCCUAACCAACGAAUCGACAAUUUCUGAUGAUCGCAUCAAAGAGCUUGUCUCCGAGGUUGCCCUGCAUACGCCCAGUCCUUUCAACUGCCAAAGCGCUCGUAUGGUGGUCCUCCUAAAAGAAGAGCACCAAAAACUAUGGGAUAUUGCUCUGGAGGUUGUGAGUGCCACGUCUCCUCCGGAAGUACUUGAGAAGGUGUAUAAGCCUCGAAUUGCUGGCUUCCGAGCGGGAUACGGAACGGUAUUGUUCUACGAGGAUUUUGCACCGUUGAAACCUUUUGGAGAACAAUUCCCUAUGAUUGCUGGCAAGCUCCCCGAGUGGGCUGAUCAUUCGAGUGGCAUGCAUCAGUUUGCUCUGUGGACAAUACUGGAAGCUGAGGGACUUGGGUGUAACUUGCAGCACUAUAGUCCGAUGAUAGAUGCACGCGUCUCCGAGCUGUGGAAUGUGCCCGUUGAGUGGAGUCUGAAAGCCCAGCUGGUCUUCGGCAAGCCGACCGGUCCUCCCCGCGAUAAGGCUUUCGAGUCGCUCGAUAAGCGAGUUUUCAUCCACGGGGAGUAG